CACUCUGGCUGAAUUAUGUAUAGGCUGGUUGUUUACAGUUGGAAAGGGGCUCUUCAUUUCUCCCUUGUCAAAGCAGGAUGUUCCCUGAAGGAGGUAUUUCAUGCAGUUUUCCCCUUCGCCCCUGGCUGGAUGGAGAAGAGAGUCUGCCACUUGCAAAUAGGAGGCAGGCCAGACAAAGGAGGAUUUAUCCAAGAGGUCCUUUUAGUCCUCCCUUUCUUCAUCUCCGUGUAGCUUAACUCUCUGUUGGAGCAUCUGAACAGGCACAACUGCCAGUGCCAGGGAGGCAAAGAACAGAAGCAAACCACAAGGAAGAAUAUUUGCAAAGUCUUGCAAAGAUUAAGAAAUGAAGACUCCCUCCGCUCUUCUCUUCUUGAGCAUGCUGCUUGGUGUCCAUCUGACACCGUUGGGCCGCCUCUCCUGCUACAGGAAACUGUUGAACGACCGCAACUGUCAUAGCAUACCAGAGGGAGUGGCAGGUCUUCGACCCAUUGAUGGGAAUCUUCAGGAUCACUUCUGGGAGGGACAAGGCUGUGAGAUGGUCUGCUAUUGCAAUUUUAAUGAAUUACUCUGCUGCCCAAAAGGUAUCUUCUUUGGGCCAAAGAUAUCUUUUGUGAUUCCCUGCAACAGCCCCUGAAAAACACAAUUGCGUAUGGGAAAGGAAGACAAAUGCAGGACUUUGUGGCUGAAAACUAGAAUAAAAUGUUUAAGGGCUUACUGGCCUAAAGAAGAUGGACGUUGCAUGCCAAGCAGAAUAUGCUUCUUCUUCUAAAUGUAUGCAUUAAUUUUAUUUAUAUUAUUAUUAUUUUAUUUACAUGAAUGUUAUUUAUGCACUGCGCUUUUCUUUCAAUAAGGCAAUAGCCUAAUCCUAACCAUGUUUACACAAAUGAAUACCAUUUAUCUUGGUGGGUCCAUUGCCUCCAAGUAAUGGACUUCCAUCUUACUUCCAAGUAAGUGUAGAUUUAAGGAUUGCAGUCUAAAGUUAUUAAAGUUAUAGCCAGACCUCAUCUGUCUAAUUUGAUAGAUAUCUUAAUGUCCAUUUACCAGAAAAGUGGGUAACAGAACUUGUUCCUCUCCUAUAUGCUAUUGGCAUAGAUGAUCUUACUGUACUAAUUUGCUUUAUAUGAUUAGACUUUUUAUUUUUUUAAAUUCUUGAUUUCAUUAUAAUAUUUGUAUCUACCUGAAUGACCAUUUUUUUAACCAUCAAGGCAGGACUUACAUAAAAGCUUCAUUUAUUCUCUCAGUCAGUAGAGUGAAAAAUCAAAGUGGAUUGUAAACCACCCUGAGAUUUGUAUAGGGCGAUAUAUAAAUACGACAUAUAAAUAAAUGAUAUUCUAAUAAGAACAAA